AUGUCUCAGAUCGUUACUGCUCUGCUGCCCCGUUGCUGCGCAGUUGCUAAGAAACGCAACGGAAAACGUUUCGUACGUGCGUCCCGCGGUUGAACGUUUCGUAGCGCUUCUCGUUAGUGGCAGACUACGCUGCCACCUGCUUUAAACACGGCGAAUUUGUUCGGAUUUGUGGUUUGUGUUAGAUGUGAACAGUGCAAACAUUGCGUGAAACAGGUCCGGAAGGACUUGAGGCGUCCGCUAGAGCCGAAAGGACGACCCUCUCUAUCUCUUUCUCUGUCUUUCAAAGCAGCACGCCAGUAGUGAAACGUGCUGAAUCUUCCGCUGGUUUGGCGGGGCUGCGGGUAACGUGCGAGGAAUAGUGAAGUGUGAUACAUACAGUAGCGUGCUGUAGGCCCAAGCGUCCUCCCUGAAAUCAGCACCACAAUCGCGCCCAAACUGUGCGCUUACACGGGGUGCGUGUGUUCUGCGUGUGGUUGUGCUGCCGUGUAGUGUAGAAUACGGUGCGAAGCUUUGCGUGGGCUGCCGCGAGUGUGUUCUUAACGGUAGGGCAAGGUAGCCAAGUGCCAUUAGCCUUUUGAAUGACAAGGAAUCGUUCGUCGGCUUAAAGUGUCCCGGGUUCGUCGCUUGUUUGGUCCAUACAUUGCAUUGAAGUCUUUCCCGUUGCCCAAGUGCAAUCGCAACCAGCCAGGUGCCCUGCAGUGAUGCGUGCGUGUGCGUUUACUGUUCGUUUGAAGUGAAUUCAGUGAGUGUUUCUUAAAAUUAAAAGGAGCACCUAUGAGUAGCCGAAAAAUAGUGAAUAUUGCUCAAUAUCUUCCAGUGGGAGCAUGCAGAUGUAGUGUUGCUUAGUCAAAAAGCAUAAAACAGCACAAAAAACGCGGAUGUAAAGGCGUUAAGCGUGUGAUAUCGAACGGAGUAAGUGGAACCGGCGCUGCAGCGCGGAAAGAAAAGUGCAAUCAAAGCGAAGGAGCAAAAGUAUUAAAAGGCAAAAAUAGCGCCAGCCAAUAUUCGCGUGCGCCUUCCGGCAGCAGCAGUGCAGUUUAGUGAAUGUGUUUGUAUGUGUGUAUGAGUGUGUAAGAGUUCGAUUGGUAUGUAACGAAGGGCGGUUUUGUAUGUAGCUACUAAGCCACCAUCCGAGUCGUUGCACGGGCGGGAAAAGAGUAAAUUAAAUCAGCAGCAAAUCGUGUCUCUCCGCAGUCAUCGCUGUCGGGGAUAAACGCUCAGUUCCGGAACCGGAGCAGACAAAAAGAUUCAACUACACAACGAAAUGCCAUAAAAAUUGAAGCUUCAGCAACCGAUGAAGCAUCAACGGAGCGGUUAAGUGCAAAGACAUUCAGAACCAUGUGAUCGACAGUAUCUUACACAAACACCAAUCACGCAACGUCUUCCGUCCAGUGCGUCAGUGAUUAAAAUUCUGUGAGUUAUCGUGAAACGAGCGUAGAAUUUUCCCGUACCACUUCGAAUCUCUGUCUUCCGUCCAAGCACAGCAAGUAGAAACUAGCAAACCCACAUCUAUGUAGCACAGAUCAGUUCAAACACACUCAAGCAUUGUGCCAUAGCGACAACGAUAUCGUGACGUAACAUAGCUGAAGCUGGAGUUAAACACGGUUUCCAAGCGUCAUCGUACAAAUUUGCAACUGUGUCUCAUUUCUAAUGUUAAACUAAUGAAAAGUAAAGGAAACGAGGAUCACUUCCAUUGCCUGUGAACAUGACCUGCUGGUGAUUCGCCAGUGUGCGUGACAACGAACUCUGUGCCAAUACGAACGUCGGCAGUGCAAAUUCGAGAUAUUUUGUAAGAAAACGAGAACGGGAGUGCCAAAAAUAAAGAGCACUCACGCUAAAGAAGUGCAAUAGAAAAAGAGGAAAGAAAGUGAGAAACAUCAUGUCUGCAUCGCCUGAAAUGCACCAUCAGCACCAGCAGCUGCAGCAGGAAGCGAACGCACCGCUGGAGAUGAAAUCGAACAGUGCGGAAGGAACGCCUCCACCCGAGCUGGCCACGAUGACGACCGUGAGUGUGCUGGAUCUGCACAAAGAUUAUAAUGGUGUUGGAGGAGGUGGUGGUGGUGGUACUGCUGAAAGUGGAGCUACGGCUGGUGCCGUCACGUCACCACACAUCGUCCAAGAAGGUGCCACCGAUAUGAGCCUCCCGGACGAUGGCACAACGGAGAAGGUGUACGAUAAGGAUACGAACACUGUCUACGUGUACACCACUGCUGCCGGUGUUGCCGGGCAUAAGCUGGUGGUGAAUCCACAUCAUCAUCAGCUCACCACGAUCGUACACGGUGGGCAGCAGCAGCAGCAACAACAACAGCAGCAGCAGCAACAACAAAUGGCUUCUCCUGAUCAACUACACCCAAGCGAACAUCAUGCAGUUGCCGAGCAGAAUCUGCUCCACGCUCGGCUGAUCCAGCAACAGCAACAGGCUGCUGAAGAACAGCAACAGCAGCAACAGCAGCAACAACAGCACUUGCAGCGAAUGUCUCCGGGUGAUCCGCAUCAGCAGCAUCACCAGCAGCAUUCGCAAGUCCACCCGGACGAUGGCGGCAUCAUCGAUGGGCAUCGUUUGCUGCCGGCAACUAUCAACGGUACCGAUGCGAGCGAUCCGCAGCAGCAUCAGCAGCAGCAGCAGCAGCAGCACCAUCAUCUCGGUAGACUAUCGCCCGAGGAUCAGCAACAGCAGCAAGCGCAUCAGCAGGGUGGUGUUAGACUGCUCGAGGACAGCCACAUUCAGCGGCUGCUGGGCAAUCAGGAAAUAAUCAGCCGCGACAUCAUCAACGGGGAGCAUCACAUCAUCACGCGCAACGAAAACGGUGAGACAAUCCUGACCCGCAUUGCCAUCUCCACCGCUGACCAGCUGCUAAACCGAAUGGACAAUGGCAUCAUCUACACGACGACCGGGGGUUCAACCGGCGUGAUUGGUGCUGGACCGCAGGAACAGCUUCCCACCACGGUGCUGCAGUACGAGAAGGACGUGGAGGACAAACAUCAGCCCCAGCAGCAGCAGCAUCACGGUCAUGCGCACGCCGCCCAUCAGCCGCAGACAAUCUACGCAGCGGCUGGCGCUGCACCGGAUCAGACCGGGCAAACGAAGCAGAUCGUGUAUGCGCUCGGCGGAGGAGAGCCGAAGAAUGUGAUCUACGGUGAUCCCAAGGCGGCUAUGCCACACUUUGAAGCGGUUCCGGGAGCCGGUAGCGGUGCCGGCAGUGGUGGGCCCGGUUCGGUUGAGGAAGAGAAGCCCCAGAUCGACUACGUGUACAACGAGGGUAACAAAACGGUGAUCUAUACCGACCAGAAAGGGCUGGAAAGCUUGUACGCGAACAACGAGCUCGGCCUGAUGGACGGUACGCAGAUCGUGGUGCAGAGCAAUCUGUACACGCAGCAGCAGGGCCCGGACGGUACGACGGUGUACGUCGUGUCGUCGGACAUGAACCCGGAGGACAUCAAUGGACUGCAGCAAAGCACCAAUGCCGGCGCCAAGCUGAAUGGACAAACGCUGCAAGCAAUGGAUCUGCUGCUCGGUGCUCACCCAUCAUCACAGGCAAUCAACGUGAAGCGUGAGCCGGAGGAUCUGCGCAAGGAGCCGAAAAAUCCCCGCAACCAAAAGGUAUCGUCGCCGUCACUGCACAUUAAAGAACCUCCACCCAGCCCUGGAAGUCCUUCAACGGAAACCAUGUAUGCUGCCCCCGGCAGCACGCAGAUCUACCUGCAGGGUCCUUCCCAUCAGAACAGCACAGCAGCCACGGCCAGCUCCAAUGUGAACACCAACUCACCUAGCCCCAGCUCCUACGCACAGUAUGACAUGUAUCCGCCAAACAGACUUGGCCCGGGUGGCACAACGUUCAUCACAGAGCCCUACACCUACCGCGAGUACUUCGACAACCAGGGGUACGCACCGGCCCGGACCAUCUACGGUACGGCGGCGGACUCGGAAGGUCCACAGCCGGCCACCACGUACGAGGGUCGGUUCACGAAGACGGGCUCGAUCUACACCAAGACCAUCACAUCCGCCGGUCUGACGGUGGAUCUGCCCAGUCCCGAUUCCGGCAUCGGUGCCGAUGCGAUCACGCCGCGCGACCAGAACAACGUCCAGCAACAGUUUGACUAUGCGGAACCGUGCCAGGCACCGAUCGGUAUGGUCGAUCCGAACGCGGCCGGCCACAUACCGGCCUGCGUCGCCAGUCUGCAGCGCAAUCUGGCCAUCAACGGGAGCCAGCCGAGCCCGACCACGUCGCUCGGCGGUUCGUCGACUGCGGCCGCCGUCGCUGUGGCCGGUGCUGCAGCGGCACCCCGCUCUCGACCCUGGCACGACUUUGGCCGCCAGAAUGACGCUGACAAAGUUCAGAUACCAAAAAUAUACACGGACGUUGGCUUCAAAUACUAUCUGGAAAGUCCGAUCAGCUCGUCCCAGCGCCGGGAAGACGAUCGGAUAACGUACAUCAACAAGGGCCAGUUCUACGGCAUUACGCUCGAGUACGUGCACGAUCCGGACAAGCCGCUGAAGAAUCAAACCGUCAAGAGCGUCAUCAUGCUGCUGUUCCGCGAGGAGAAAAGCCCCGAGGAUGAAAUUAAAGCCUGGCAGUUCUGGCACAGUCGGCAGCAUUCGGUCAAGCAGAGAAUAUUAGAUGCCGACACGAAGAACUCCGUCGGGCUGGCCGGUUGCAUCGAGGAAGUAUCGCACAACGCGAUUGCCGUCUACUGGAAUCCUCUCGAGAGCUCCGCCAAGAUCAACGUCGCCGUCCAGUGCCUGAGUACGGAUUUCAGCAGUCAAAAGGGUGUUAAGGGUUUACCGCUGCACCUCCAAAUCGAUACGUUCGAAGAUCCGCGUGAUACUAGUGUUUUCCAUCGAGGUUACUGUCAAAUCAAAGUCUUUUGUGAUAAGGGUGCCGAACGGAAGACACGCGACGAGGAACGGCGAGCGGCGAAGCGCAAGAUGACCGCCACCGGGCGGAAAAAGCUGGACGAGCUGUACCAUCCCGUGGUCGAUCGGUCGGAGUUUUACGGUAUGAGCGAUCUGAUGAAACCGCCAGUCCUGUUUUCGCCCUCCGAGGACAUCGAUAAGCUAACAUCGAUGGAUAUGCAGUUCUACGGGCACGAUGCGGACUCACUGUCCGGCACGUCGGACAACGUCAAGUCGCCGUUCCUGCUGCACGCGAACAAACCGGCAACGCCAACGCUGAAGUUCCACAACCACUUCCCACCGGACGUACCGACCAGUGACAAAAAGGAUCCGAGCAUCAUCAUGGACGGUUCGAUGGUGACCAACUCGAUGGUUGACUUUACGCCCCAGAUCAAGCGCCAGCGGAUGACGCCGCCGCUGAGCGAGCGGGUCAUGCUGUACGUCCGCCAGGACAAUGAGGAUGUCUAUACGCCCCUGCACGUCGUGCCGCCGAGUACGGUCGGGCUGCUGAAUGCGAUUGAAAAUAAAUUCAAAAUUUCCUCGUCGAGAAUUAAUACUAUUUAUCGCAAAAAUAAGAAAGGAAUUACGGCGAGAAUUGAUGACGACAUGAUCAGACACUACUGCAACGAGGACAUCUUCAUACUGGAAGUGCAACGGUACGAGGAGGACCUGUACGACAUCACGUUAACGGAGCUGCCGACGCACUAGACACGUGACGUUUCUCCUUUCCUUCGUGUUGGGUUCUUCUUCUUCUUCUUUGUCUCCUCCUCCUCCUACCCCGUCGUCCGCAGUGCCAUACAAUUGUGCGCCAUUCUGUGCUUAGUGGCCCUCCCUGCAACCACACGGGACGAACACGAAACACUGUCAUGAAAAUGCAUAAAUCUUGCCAUCGGCGCCGUAUAGGUAGUCGGCGCCACAACCGCCCGCCGUGUGCCACCGAGCAGUCGGAAGCUGCUACUGCUGCUGCUACAAUGCCAACGUGCCAAACAUCGUGCGCAUACACACUUAGGACCACCGGGAGAAAAGGGAAGGGAGGACGUACGAUAGAAGGACGAUUAAGUGUUAGGGAAGGACAAUCCGUUAAGUUUUAGCCAUAGCAAGAUUAUGGUUUUGUUAGUGUAAGCGAGCAAAGUUCACAAAACAAGUUGGUGUUUUACUAUUAUUAUUAUUAAUUUUAUUAGUUCUUUCAGUAAGAAGAAUAUAAACAAAUGAAUUAUCAGUACCGAAACCGCAGUACAUUCCAUUAUAUAGUAAGUGUUUUCUUUUACUUUCGCUAAUCGUUUUGAGAUUAUCUUAAGGAGGUUUUGAAAAUGGAUGGAAAUCUUUGGGAAAAACGAAGAGGUAGAAACAGUAAUUGUGCCUUAGCAGCAAAGCAGAACACACAAAAAAAAACUAGGCACAGCACAAAUGCUCUGUACGUUUGCAAGCAAAAUAGAACAGAAACCACCCCUUGUACAUAGAAGACAAACAUUUGCAGCGUUUUGUCUGUGUGGCAGAGCACCGAACAGCCGAGACAAGCGGAAUUAGUUUUAAAAAAAGAUAGGGAAAGCCUUCUUCAGCAGCAUUUGCGUGUGCGGUAGUGUUUAAGUAAGCGAAUUAACGUUGAACAACUUUUAUUUAUUUUGAGACUUAGUUGUGUACUACUGCAGUAAGACAAAGCGUAGUCCGGUGUUUUUUCUUGAGAUUUUUCCAACCGUACUGUUGAAGCUGUUUGUUUAAUCAAUCAUUGUUGUAUGCCUUUUGCCUUUUCUUUCGCUUUUGGUAACACACAGUAAUUACAAGCGCGCGUUUACAGGAUAAAUGUUUGCAUUUUAAAAUCGGACGCUGGAAAUGCUCCUCUCCCUCUCCACCCAUCCGUACAGGCCAUGCGAUUAAUAAGAUCUCAAAAGGAAACGAGUGGCGGAGUGGCGCAGGAUGGUAGUGUGUGUGUGCGCGCAACAAUCUAAUGAUAGAUGUAUUGCUCAAAUGAAAUUCUAAUAAGCACGCCACCUCUUUCCCAUCCCUCCAUUUUUUUGCCAUAAGCUGAUAGGUGAAAAGACAAAUGAUUUUCAAACGAACCGUUAUGAAGGAAAGCAACACUUGUGUAUGUAAUAUUAGUUGUAGUCGUUUUUAACACACCCCGUUACGAUAUUGUUUUAAUGGUUAUUAUUUUUUCGUCCAACAAAAAAAAUGGGGGGAACGGCGGUUAUACCGCACGAGAGCAUGCAAUAUUAACAGUUAGACCUUUAGAGAGUACGACACGAUGGUCGAAGAAGCCCAUUGUUGUUUCUGGCUUAGAUUGUAGAACGAUUUCUUAUGCUCACACCGAGACAACAUCAUUCCAACACAGAUCCAUGACAGUAUUUUGUUGAGCAUAAUGAUCGUGUUAUGUUCGAGUUUGAGAUGAAAUUGAACGAUCAUUUUCGGUAAAACGCGAUGGAUUGUUUGCCGCGGCGCGUGAGUCGUGCAUUUUUUAUACGUUAUCGAACUGCCAUAUUGCGGAAUACAAAUAGAGCGUAAGGAAGGAAGGAUUGGAUUUUCAAAAAUGGAAAAGAAUAAGAUUUCUUCAAAAAACUUCUUAGUAAUUUGACGUGUAAAGAUCAAACGAUGAGAUCGACAGAGAGAUAGGUGAACGAAUGCGAUGAAUUUCUUAUUAUCUAAUUGUUAAGUACCUGAGGCGCAUGAUCUUCGCUGCGAGAUGUAAACGUGCCGUAAAUUCAAUGCUUAAGAGAACACACGCGAGAGAAAGGUAUAUCAUUCACACGAUGCCCAAGUUUACAUGUUUUGUUAUAUUAAUGUCACUUCUCUUUUGAAACUUUUCUCGAAACACAAAACACACAAACGGUGGCAACUCCUGAAAGGAAAUGUGUAUUGCAAACGCGCGAACAAGAAACAUGUGAUAUUUAAAAAGAAAACGAAGAAAGACGAAACAAACAAAAGAAGAAAGUGUUGGAAGAAUCUUAAAAACUGUUCUAUUCUCGUACUAUUCGUAAAAACCGUUUAUCCUUUUUUCGUGGUGGAUAAUGUAUUGCUCUUUAGGAACGGUUGAGUUUUUUUAGAUAAACAUUAUAGUAUGUGCGAGAGCUUGCGCGUGUGUGUGUAUGUGUGUAUGUGUGGUUUGUAAAAAGCAGCAUAAAACAGCAGCAGCAUCGAAUAAGCCCUCCGAAGCAUGUAACGGAGUGAGCAUUCGUUUUUUUCUCUUUUUAUUCUUGCAUAAUUGAUCGAGUUGCCAUAACGUAGGAGCAAGGAUUUGCAUUUUAUUUUUGUUAUAAAUAGGUAUAUGAGCGCGUGUGUUAGUAUUUCUUUAACCUUGCUUACUAUAUCACAACACGCUGUGGUAUUCUCCCAGAGUGGCCAAACGCGUUGUGCGAUGGAGAGGACGGAGCAGGCAGAGGAUCGAAUGAUCGAUCGUGAUAGGAUACUGAUACUUUAGAAGAACGGUGAAACGGUAGCGGUGCAUAUUCGAGCGCCAUCUAUCAGGAAAAGGAAAAAGCGCUGCAUUAAGGAACAGUAACAGUAGCUUAUGAGGAAGUUAAGAAAUUAGGAAGAGUGGUGUAAUCUAGAGUAUUCACCGUUGUACUUUUAGGUAAUUUCAUAAACAGGAAGGUGCAUGCAACACACGUGUAGGCUUCCGUAAAAAUGCAAUAUUAAUUUUACAAUGACAUUAGUUUUUUUUUUCAUUUUGUUUUUGCUAAGACGAUAGAGUAGGUAGAGAAGCGGAGAAAGUAUCAUUGAUAGAAAGAUGUAGGAUUUAGGGAUUUUUAUUCUCCUUUCGUUACUCCAAUGUCCGUGUUUACAAACUUAAUUUAGAAGAAGUACGCUAGUAUAAUUGCUUUACACUAGAUAAACUGCUUAUACGAUAAGCCUCUAGCUUGAACAAUUUACUAAGCUUUCUACUGGAUCCAUUUUUCACAAAGCACAAACAGAAGCAGAAACAGGCAUAAUAGUAGAACCGUAAGAAAGAUUUCAAGUUUGCAAAUAAUUAGCAGUUAUCAGCAGCAAAAACACAUUUCAAUUGUUUCGUGUUAGUGGUGGCAAGCUAGUAUUACCUCUGCACACAUCACAAACCACACACUCUUUACUUAGUAUUACCCUUUUUAACCGUUUUACUUUUGUAGACACGUUAGAGACGUCUCAGUUUAAGCAGCAAACGCAUACACAUUUCAUUCCCAAUUGAUGGUACCCACAUGUGCGCCUCAAUUUAGUGAUAAGAGUAACAAAUUCACACAAAAAACGAAAACAAACCGUCCUUCAUAUUUGCCAUUCCAUUCCUCCUCUAUUUUGAUGAGAAUUUGCCAUUUAAGAAAUAUGCCGCCCAUCCCCAUAUACGACCAUUCGUAGGGCCUAGUUUUGUCCCUGUCCCCUCUCACAAUUUGCUCCUCAUACACGCGCUAGAAAGGCGGGACAACACAACACCUGUGUGUGGUCUUUGUGGUCGUAUGUGAUUUCUGUUUUCUUUUUUUUUAAUAAUUAUAAUCUAAGAUAUUAAGAACAAGUACUUAAUUGAUAGUGAGUUAGUUACUGUAAGUGAACCGAAAAGUGAAAAACGAUAACACAAGUACUCCUUUGGCAAAGAAGAAAAUGAGGUAAAAAAGAGAAGAAAAAAACAUGUCAAAAUUAAAGAGUGGAUUUAACAGACAGACGGCCGACCUGUACAAGACGAUGUAUGUUUAUGUUGGCUUAAAAAACAUUAAAAAAAAAACAAAACAAAAAAACGAACAAUUAGCUUAAGUUCUUAUUUUUAAACUGUACUGUUAUAUUUUAUUGUCGUCGAAGAGGAAAUGAGCGUUUAAAUAUAUAAUUUGAAUUUAGAACAUUGAA